GUGAUUGGUGGAUAAUGUUCCGAGCCGCUCAGUAAUCUAAUAUUACGUAUGUCUAUGGAUCUAUAAUACGUAGGAGGAUGUAUACUUUCUGCACUUUAAUUAAUUUGUAAAAAGGUUAUUUUAACAUAACAACGAUGCUGGCACGUCAAUUUCUUUGCAGAAAAUUAUUGUGGCAUUCCUCAUGCAGCUGCGCAUCCGUUCGAUAUACGCAAAGCGCGAGUGAGCACGCGUUAGAUACAUUAAACCUUGAAACACGACUGCCGGCAUCCAUAAAGAGACAACAACAACGACAACCAUUCGCCAAGAAUUUAUUUCUCGGCGUAUUUGACCAUGAAUUCAUGUAUUAUCCCGAGCCGCAAACCAAGGAGAGGCAUACGCGGUUCUUCGAGUGGCUUCAACCCAUCGAGAAGUAUAUGUCGGAGAAUCUAGAAAAUCCGCAAAAUGUCAGGAAGGACGACGUUCUAUCCCAUUUGAGAGAUUUGGGUGUCUUUCGGGCGCACGUGGAUGAACAGCACCUAGGUCUGAACUUGAACCAGACAGAAUUGGCCAAAUUAGUGGAGGUACUCAGCUGUUUCCCCUGGUUGGGUUCCUACAUCGUCAAAAAUCACAUUAUGCCUGUUCAUAUUAUCUCUACAAUGGCCUCGGAAGAACAGAAAGCAAAGUACUUACCGAAAAUAGCGACUGGCGAAAUCGUACCCACAGUCUGCUAUACCGAAUCCGACGGCGGAAUGAAUAUACGUAACAUGAAUACUGCGACAGUAUUGUCAGAUUGCGACACGCAUUAUAUAUUGAAUGGUGAAAAAUCAUUUGUAGUCAACGGACAUGAUUCGAAUCUAUUUCUUGUAUUCUCUCCAUGUGGUCAUUCUCAAGCACUCAGCAGUGGGCAUGGUGUCUUAUCUGUGUUUUUAAUAGAGCGAGAUAUGAAUGGUAUUACCUAUAAGGACGUCAAGAAUCUAGUAGGACUUCAUAACAGUCCUGUCUGUACAGUUACUUUUAAGGAUAUCAAAAUUCCAAAGGACAAUCUAUUAGGCGAAAUAAAAACUGGAAUGAAUAUAUUGAUAGAUUCGUUUGCACCUGGAAACAGAAACCUUGCUCCACAAGCAGUUGGUAUAUUGAGAACUUUCAUAAAAUUAUUAAUGAGGCAUGUUCUAGAAAGGAAACACCUGGAUCAAAAUAUGCACGAGUAUGAAAGUGUUCAAGAAGUAAUAGGUAAAAUAUCGACCGCCUUAUAUAGCAUGGAAAGUAUGCUGUAUUAUACCACUGGCAUCAUGGACAUAUAUGAGAAUCAGGAUUGCACACUCGAAAAAGCCAUGGUAGAGAUGCAUUGCGUUAACGAAUGCGUAGCAUGUAUUUAUGAAGGGCUACAAAUCAUUGGAGUAGAGAGUUAUUUGAGAGAAAAGCCUUAUAUACAGAUCUUUGAGGAUGCAUUAUCUUAUACGCUGUUCGAUUCUUAUAAUAUUGAUUCUAACAUAUAUAUAUCUCUACUUGGUCUACAACAUAUGGGCAAAAAUUUGCGCCAACAUAUAAUGAAGCUACGAAAUCCGUUUAAUUUUCCUCAGCACAUAUUAAGAUGGACCCUCGGGAAAGAAUAUCAAUUAAAUCUUCGCAUCGCUGACCAUUUGCAUCCAUCUUUGGUAAAUGGUGGCAAAAUACUGGAGAAAUGUAUUACCAGGUUACAAACCGUCGGGGUGUUGAUGCUACAACGUCAUGGCAGUGAAAUAUCAGAACGACAAAUGGAAUUGCGUAGAAUAAGUGAAUUGGCAGUGAAAACAUUCGCACUAAUAACUGUCCUCUCGCGCACCUCCAGAGCGUAUUGCAUCGGCUUGAGAAACGCCGAGUUCGAUCGACAACUGGCUAGUAUUUUUGCGAUUCUCACAGAUAAUAAAACCAAAGCUCUCGCGGACGAAAUUUCAUCAGGGGGAUGGAUUAAUAGUGAUACCUUGAACAAAAAUAUUGCUGAACUCAUAUACAGUAAAAAAGAUUAUUUCGCCGAACAUCCGUUAAACAGAAGUUAUUAAACAUUCGUCUCGCUUUGAGUUUGAUUCGUUUUAGAAUACAAAUAUGCAUAUGUGCAUGUAUAAUAAAGAGAAAAAUAAAAAGUUAUCCCGGAAAUAUUUAUUAAUGCGAGCAAUGUAUUUAAAUCGCAUAAGGAACAUCAGACUAUAUCUUCUAUUUUAUAAAAUUAAGUUACAUUCUGUAACAAUAUAUAUAUAUAUGUAUAGUGUAUCUAAUUUUUUCUAAAAACAAAGAAUAUACAUCAUGUUCCA